AUGAGUAGGACGUGGAGCAAGGAGGACGAAGAGCAGAAGGAAGGAUUAGAGAGAGUGAUCGAGAUCAUCGAGGGAUACCAGCAGCACCUGGAGCACUUGGAGGACGCAGCUCGAAAGAGUCACCACUCAGAAGAGACGGCCGACUUCUUCCCGUUCGAACUGGUCACCCAACAGAACCCAUUCUCGAAGAACCUACACACCAACACGAGCGUAUCAGGCUCGGCAGGCGAAGAAGGCCCAGAAGACCCGGAUUCCUUGGAGGUCUGGAUCAUCGAUUGCGACCAUCCCAGGUACAUCUCCGCCCUCUUUCAGUUCAUCAGAGCUCAUAUCUAUCAGGACUCCAGGAACGAGAACGAUAAGCAGUCCAUCAAACAUCUCAAAUCCAUCAAGCCCAUCCUACACGACCAACGGAUCCAAGACUCUGAUAAUGAAGGAAGAAGACGAACGACGAAUGGGGUGUCGGUUCUUUUAUCGAAGACGAGUUCGAUAAGCUACCAAGAGCUAACAGCACGGCUCCAGACGCACCCGAUCCUGGGCGAUCUGGCGGCGAAAUCGACGCCGUACCGGAUCCGAGUGCCGACGAAACGGGCGCUCUAUGAGGAACAUUAUCGACGCCACGUGAUGGAGGAGCGGGGGAGGAUGAUGAUGAAGAACGCUGGGGGAUGGCCGACGGUCGAGCUAGACGAGAGCGCGCUGACCAACAUGAUGUCGUCGACGAUGAAGGCCAACCAACGGAUUCUGCAGCGCCGAUGGACGGUAGCAGAGGUCGGUUGGCUGCUCACACAGGCCAAGUUGGUGGCCCAACUCGCGCUCACAUCCAAGCUGGAAGCCCACGAGAUCGGCGUGGGAGCGGCGGUGUCCACGUAUUCGUUGGACCCGCCAGAAGAGCUGGCCCAUCUCCCUCGAGACCAAGUCAGCAACCCGAUCCUAUCUGCAUCCGUCGACCGCCGCAAGUCUUCCUCCAACCGGCUCCGACACGCCGUCGUUGAACUCACCACGACGGUCUCUGCACAAGACCUGAUCCAUCCAAGGAGCCCCGAAACCGCGCUCCAUCCGAUCCCGUAUCUGCUCACCAACCAGAUCGUCUUCCUCUCCCAUGAACCCUGUCUGCUCUGCUCGAUGGCCCUCCUCCAUUCCCGCAUCAAACAUCUCUUCUUCCUCGCCCCUUCUCCCCGAUCCGGCGGCUGUGGCUCCGUCUAUAACGUCCAUGAACAGGACGGCCUUAAUCAUAAAUUCUUCGCUUGGAAACUUCGCUUCCCUGAACCUCUUUCUCCUCUCUUGAACACUUUCUUUGAUGCUUGA